AUGGCUUCGCAACAGCCGCGCGGCCUUGGCCCCGAUGGUACGGGGGCGCGCUUGAUGGCAACCGCCGUCGCCCCUCCGCAGUCGCCCGCAGCGGACAGCCGCUCCCGAAUACACACUGCUUCACAGUACAACGGCAACUCGGCGCGCGGCUGCUGCGCCCGCGCACCUUACUAUCACUCGCGAACUCGUGUUCCUCUAGAUCAGAGGUGCGAACUUCGAAGAGGCGGAAUGGCGCAAGGUUCCCGGGGCGUCGUCACUGGGCUGGCCGCGCUACUCGCUGUCGCUAUUGCCGCACAACAUCUUACAGCGCACGCGCAAACACCAACCACAGCAGAAAAAUCCAUUGCUAAAGAUCGAACUUUCCGACUAUCUGCAGGCAGAAAAGAAGCUCAAGCCCCGAAAUGGGGCUUCUUCGGAACGAUAUUCCAUCUCAUACUUGAGCAAAUCAACGACACAAAGAGUGCAUAUAAUCAAAUAUCUGAUUUAGUUGGUAAUCAAUUCACCGAUGAUAAUACUGUCACCCCAGAACCUAAUCCAUCGAACGAUGGAUCUACGGAAACACCAAAAAUAUCUAGACAAGAGUUUCUUAAUAUUCUAGAUCGUAAUCUAAAAGGCCUUGCUCGGCUCAGGGCAUUAGAGUGGCGAGAAGCUCGAAAGGACUCGUGGAAAAACUUACAAGGAUAUAAAGACGAAUUGUUUGGAAGCAAAAGAUCCGGAAGAAAAAGAUAGUUUGAGCAUUUUUUUCUUGGUGGUUGUAGUAAUAGUGUUUGCCAUUGCCAAAAUAAAUUAUCUACUUACUUAAUUUAAUUGAAUUUGUAUUUGAGUGAAUUAAGUUAAUUAAAUCAGUAGUCCUGUGAGUACUGAAGUACCUAUAUGUGAAAUAAUACAUAUUUC